GGACAAGAUGAUGCGUGGCUCUAGAAGAGGCUGUGUGCGACUUCGGGGAGCUGUGAUUGGAAUCGAUGACGAGGACGACAGCACUUUCACCAUUACCGUGGACCAGAAGACUUUCCAUUUUCAGGCCCGUGACGCAGAUGAGCGGGAGAAGUGGAUUCAUGCCUUAGAGGGGACGAUUCUUCGCCACACCCUUCAGCGGGAGGCAGAAACAGGAUUCGUUCCCAGCGUUCAAGAAUUCGACAAGAAGCUAGCUGAAGCUGAUGCGUAUUUGCAGAUUUUGAUCGACCAGUUAAAACUCUUCGAUGAAAAGAUUAAAGACUGCAAGGAAGAUGAGUCGCGCAGAAAAAUCGAGAACCUGAAGGACACGACUUGUAGUAUGGUAGAGUCCAUCAAACACUGUAUCGUACUACUACAGAUUGCCAAGGAUCAAAGUAACGAACAGCAACACACAAACGGACUGAUAAGCACCAUAAACCCAGUGGAUGGGGUAUUCCAGCCUGCCCCUCUUAACACGUCUGUAGUCAGUGCCAUGCCAACACAGACCACUCUACCCACAGAUGGAGCUCAGGUGUGUAAAACUGAACAGAGGCCUUCUUCAUUACCCAUGGGCCCUGUUGUCACGGUGAUGGGCAUCCUUCAGACCCCCACUCCCAACAGCACAGGGAGUGGUCCUUCAGCUCCCAGCAGCAGCGUGACUUCGCCCAGUCACAUGAACAUACCACCCCACAGUGUCCCUGACUUCUCCUAUUCCAGCAGUGAAGAUGAGUUUUACGACGCAGAUGAGUUUUAUCAUAGCAGCACCUCACCAAAACACUGCAUAGAUCCGAAGAGAUCCGCUGCUGUGAACAGUGACGAUAGCACAGCCCUAAAACGGCCAGACACCAACGAAUCAAUCAACUCCUCCAUGUCCAACGGCACCACUGAUGCAGAUCAGUUUGACAGUCAUGAUGAGAAAGAUGAUGAUGGCGAGGGUGAAUCUGUGGAAGAACACAAAAGUGUCAUCAUGCAUCUGCUAUCUCAAGUGCGAUUGGGCAUGGAUCUCACCAAGGUUGUCUUGCCGACAUUUAUCUUGGAGCGGAGGUCGUUGCUGGAAAUGUAUGCAGAUUUCUUUGCUCACCCGGAUUUGUUUGUAAGUAUUGCGGAGCAGCAGGAUCCAAGGGACCGCAUGGUGCAGGUGGUAAAGUGGUACCUCUCAGCCUUUCACGCUGGUCGGAAAGGAUCUGUGGCCAAGAAGCCCUACAACCCCAUUCUGGGUGAGGUGUUCUUCUGUCACUGGGACCUGCCCGAAACAGAGGAUCCUGCUUCUUCUGUGAGUGAGUCUGUAUCAGAUGGGCCAUUGCCGUGGAGUAGCAAAAACAGUGUGUCAUUUGUGGCAGAGCAGGUUUCUCACCACCCUCCUAUAUCUGCGUUUUAUGCUGAGUGUUUCAGCAAGAAAAUCCAGUUCAACGCCCACAUCUGGACCAAAUCGAAGUUCCUUGGAAUGUCUAUUGGUGUCCAUAAUAUUGGUCAAGGUUGUGUGUCUUGUCUUGAAUAUGAUGAGCACUAUAUUCUUACUUUUCCCAAUGGCUACGGGAGGUCAAUCCUCACUGUUCCAUGGGUUGAGCUGGGUGGAGAGUGCAAUAUUUCCUGUUCCAAAUCUGGCUACAGUGCCAAUAUAGUUUUCCACACCAAACCGUUCUAUGGAGGAAAGAAGCACAGGAUAACUGCUGAGAUACUUGCUCCCAGUGAUAAGAAGUCAUUCUGCUCCAUAGAGGGAGAGUGGAAUGGUGUGAUGUAUGCAAAGUGGGCUACGGGGGAAAAUGCACUAUUUAUUGACACAAAGAAAACUGGCAUUGUUAAGAAGAAGGUGCGGAAAUUGGAGGACCAGUUGGAGUAUGAAUCCAGAAGUUUGUGGAAGGACGUGACAACGAACCUGAAACUGAAGGACAUUGAUGCUGCGACGGAAGCCAAACACAGGCUGGAGGAGAAACAGAGGGCGGAGGCAAGAGAAAGGAAGGAGAAGGAAAUGCAAUGGGAGACGAGACUGUUUCAUGAGGAUGGUGAAUGCUGGGUCUACGACAAGCCUCUCCUGAAGCGACUAGCAUCGCAACGACACUGAGGCCGUUUCCAAAACCACAGAGUCUAGAAAACAGAACUCUCUCGCAAACCAUUUUUCUUAUUCAGCCUUGGAAUGACUAACGAAUGAACCCUUACAGCUUUGCAUUUUCGAAGUUUGAACGAAUGACAAGGAGAAAACACAAACUUAAUCUAUACAAAUAAAAAAAUAAACCUCCCUGCUCACUAGUUCAACACUUCCACCUCUCUAUCAACCUUUGAGCAAGAAAAAACACCACGAACACACAGAAGACGUGAUCAGAAGCCCUUUAGCAUCACAAAUCAAGCAAGCGGCAAAAUAAGAACGAUCCCAGCGGAUGUGUCUCUCUCUCUCUCUCUCUCUCUCCUACUCCUGAGGGGUUGAGGGGUUUUUAUCGAACAAACUCUGAAAACUACAGCGUUCUGUAUCUCAGGGAAGUAGUGGGCUGAUGAUUGAAGGCUGUAUCUUAAUGUUCGAAAAGCCUUAACGGUGGAACCACAAAAUAAACAAAAUGAGAACUUGGUUCACAUACUGCUAGCUACAGCUGUUUAUAUACAU